AUGCCAGGAGCCAAGUACACCCAGACCUACCAAAAGGUCAGCGCCAUGGGCGAGAAGCUCAAGGCGGCUGGCAAGCAGGGUCCUAGCAAUGACGAACAGCUAAAGUUGUACGCGUACGCCAAGGUAGCAGAGGGCAAAGACAUCAACGACGCCAAGAAGCCUGGCAUGUUUGAUCUUGCUGGCAAGGCCAAGUACAACAAGUGGAAGGAGGUCGUCGACGCCGGAACUACGCAGAAGCAGGCCGAGGACGAGUACGUCAAGGCCGCCGAGGAGAUACUGGCCAAGCACGACAAAUAA